UAAACGAUUCGUGUUGGGAAAAAAAUGCAUUAGUUACAUUUCACCAAAAUUUCAAAAAGAAUGAAGUACAUCUUAGCUUUAACACUUAUUAUUAGCGUAACAAGCGCUGCGGUUUUAACAGAUGAAGAUAAAAUAAAAUUAAAGAAAUUUAGUGAUACCUGUGUUGCACAAACGCAUGUAUCUGAAAAGGUACUCGAAAAGAUGAGGGUGAACCAAAUUGAGGACGAUCCUCGUCUUAAAGAGUACAUUUACUGCAUUUUCCAAAAAUUGGGGUUGCAAAAUUCUGAUGGGACAAUCAUCAAGGACAACGUUUUAUCUUUCGCCUCCAAAGAUCCAAUUGCUGAGAAAGCAAUGAAACCGUGUAUCGAUAAACAUGGUUCAACUGGGCCUGAAACUGCGUUUUCUAUGUUUGUAUGUUAUAAACUUAAUUUGCCUGUUGGUUUCAAAACAACUUUGUAAAGAAAAAUGAAUAAAUUCGUUUUGUUUUUAUAGUAA